CCAUUCAUUUCAGGGCUACCUCAGAAGUCUGGGCAUGGCUCGUACCGCCGAAGUGAAACGCGACGCCCGUAUCGGCGAAGCCGAAGCCCGAGCCGACGCCGCCAUUAAAGAGGCCAUAGCCGAGGAACAAAGAAUGGCUUCGGUUUUCCUCAACGACACCGAAAUCGCCAAAGCCAAGCGCGAUUUCGAACUGAAAAAGGCCGCCUACGACAUGGAGGUGCAAACGAAAAACGCCGAAGCCGAAAUGGCUUACGAAUUACAAGCGGCCAAAACCAAACAGAAGAUUAAGGAAGAGGAAAUGCAGAUAAUGGUUGUUGAACGGACUCAGCAAAUUGCUGUACAAGAACAAGAAAUUGCUAGAAGAGAGCGCGAAUUGGAAGCAACAGUGCGACAACCUGCCGAAGCUGAAAAAUUCCGUUUGGAAAAAAUAGCAGAGGCAAACCGCAAGAAGGUGUUGCUUGAAGCUGAGGCUGAAGCCGAAGCUUUAAGAUUGAAAGGUGAAGCUGAAGCUUAUGCCAUAGAAGCCAAAGCUAAGGCUGAAGCUGAACAAAUGGCUAAAAAAGCUGAAGCUUGGAAGGAUUACAAGGAAGCUGCCAUGAUUGAUAUGUUUUUGGAUGUUUUACCUAAAAUGGUAGCUGAAGUUGCUGCGCCUAUUUCUCAAGCCAAAAAAAUUACUAUGGUUUCUACUGGAAGCGGCGAAGUUGGGGCUUCAAAAUUGACUGGAGAAGUUUUGGAUAUUGUCAAUAGAGUGCCUACUUUGGUCAAAUCUAUGACGGGAGUUGAUAUUGCCAAGGUAUUAGACAAAUCUCACAGAGGCAUUGGCGAUUUUUAACCAUUUCAUUCAUUUUUACUAACAAGAGUCUGUGAAAUCUGCAGCGUAAAGGACCAAAAUCCGGCAAGAAGUUUUUAUUUUUUUCUAUUGAGACAAUUUUCUAGUCAUUCUCUCUGGCGGUUGAUGUUUGCAUUUAUUCUCAAUACGAAUUAUUUUAUUAUUAGCUGAUAAUUAUUAUUAUAAAAAUUAUUAAUUGAACAAUAGUAAAGAUCUGAUUUUAUACAAAUAAUCAAUUAAUAAUUUUUUUAAAGCUGUAUCGAGUGCACAAAUAUUUUUGUUACUUAAUUUUUAACGCAUUUUUUUAGCUUUUAGUAUAGUAGACAAUUUUUCUUCAAUGUUGUAUGCAAUAUAA